GAUCGCGGGCGCGCGCCGCCCGCAGCCGCCGAGGAAAUGGUUCCCGUGGGGCUUUAAAUGCCGCUGUUCCCGGGCGCUGGCGUGGAYGAUGAGCCUGCAGCAUGCCUUUCCUGUUGGGUCUCAGACAGGACAAGGAAACCUGCAUGGGUGUCAACAAUCAAAGUUACAUAUGUGAAACGGGCCACUGUUGUGGACAGUCCCAGUGUUGCAACUACUACUAUGAACUCUGGUGGUUCUGGCUGGUGUGGGCCAUCAUCAUCAUCCUGAGCUGCUGCUGCGUGUGCCACCACCGGCGCACCAAGCACCGCCUGCAGGCCCAGCAGCGGCAGCACGAGAUCAACCUCAUCGCCUACCGCGAGGCCCACAACUACUCGGCCCUGCCCUUCUAUUUCCGCUUUUUGCCAAACUACUUGCUACCUCCGUACGAGGAAGUGGUGAACCGCCCGCCGACGCCUCCGCCACCGUACAGUGCCUUACACCAGCAGUGCGUCGCGGGCGCCGCGCCGGAGCCGCCGCCGCCGCCGAGCAGCCCGGCCGGCCCCGGCCCCGGCGCCGCCGCCGGCUGCCCCGGCCCGGGAGAGCCGCAGCCCUCGGCCGCGCCGGGCGAGCGAGCGGCGGCCAAAAUGCCGAGCGCCGAGCCCGGCGGCACMAGCGCCGGCGCCGCGCUGGAGGAGAGGGCCGCUCCCGGCAAGGAGGCGGAGAGCAAGGAGGGACUGCGGAAAGGGGACAGCUCCGAGGGCCUGGAGCGGGGCGGCGCCGUUCCCGACGGCAAGGACAAGACGCCGGGCCGGCAGCGCCGCUUCACGGGCGACUCGGGCAUCGAGGUGUGCGUCUGCAACCGGGGCCACCACGACGACGAGCUCAAGGAGCUGGACGGGCUCAUCGAUGACGCUCUCGAUGGGCCCCUGGACUUCUGCGACAGCUGCAGCGGCCGCCCGCACGGCGACGAGGAGGAAGGGCUCUUCAGCGCCUCGGAGGAGCAGCCCGGCGAGCACAGCCACCACCACCUACCCCGGCAGCCCGUGUGCGUACUCUUGAACACAAUAAACGAGCAGGACUCUCCGCACUCUCGUACCAAUAACUCCCCCAGCUAAGGCGGCAGAGCGCAAGAGAGAAGCUGGGGAAAAGCAGGCAAAUAAAUAAAGGGGAAAUGAGAGGAUUGAAACUUCGAGAGGAGGAAAAGGUGACGCAACUUUUUUGGGUUUUUUUUUUUUUUUGGCUUUCUUUCUUUCCUCCCCCUCCAAUAGAAGUCGGGGACUAAGUAGCCCCCGAAGGCCCCGCUUGUGGGGGACGGGCUGCUCUGGGGUUCGGGUCGGUGACUCGCGUCCCUGCGGCCGCGCGAGCCGGGGACCGACGCUGCUCCGUGAGACCCGCUGACCAGCGCGGCUUCCCCGAGGGUGAUCCUGGUGACGGUUAGUAUCAGCUUGUCGGGUUUAGUUUUCCCACACACUGCUUUGUCUCGCAACCAGUAGAGCUCAGCAAAAUCUCACYCUGGGAGGACGCGAGAAUCACCGUAAGGCUUCGAGCUCCAGGUGUCUUCCCAGAAGCAAGCGGCUUCCGACAGUGCCGGCAGGCAGUAGCCCAAGAGUUCUGGUUUGAUUUAGUGCUCUUGAGGCAUUGUGGAUUCCUUUCUCCUUUGACUUUUGUUGUUGUUUGUUGUUGAUGAUGAUAAUUUUUUUCCCAAAGCUGAUGAAUGACUGAACACAUCAGCCCCGUAACCUCUGGUGCUUCAGUGUUUAAGACAACAGGUAGGAAGCUUCCCACUUGGAGCUGGUAACUGAAGGACCAGUUUCUUCCAGAAGGAGCGUUAGUCCAUUACAAGCUGUUUGGAAAGAGAAGGUUUGCAGAAGUUUGCCUUUACGUGCAGUUUUUCCAGACAAAUGUAUUCCUCCAAUGCCUCCAAGAGCACAGUUAGAGGUAGAUUCCAGGCAGCUGGGCUGCCUUCCAAGUACUGUGGUCUCCGAACGACCUUCUCCCGGUGUGCUGUGAAAGGGCUCGCCUUUAUUUCGCUCCCUGAUUUUUGCACCCCGAGAGCAGCACACUCGAGUUACGAAGACGAAACAAGAACAGGGCUCUCUUUGGCCAGCGUGCCUUCAAGCUUCAGCGAUGCGUGUUGAACAAAUGGAGACGAGAGCUCCGUCCGUUGCGAAGGGAUGACUUUCCAUGUCGAUGUGGAAGACCUGUGCAGUAUUUUUUUUUUUUUUCUCUCUUUUGAUCCAAAUGUUUGGUGCAGUUUAAUGUUGACCACUUAGAGGAAAUGAAUGUCUGUUUUCUCUUUUUUUUCUUUUUUUUUUUUUUUCUUUUUAAUGGUGGCAACUGGCUACUGUAUAAUGUCUGUGAGCGUGUGUGUGUGACUGCAAUCCAUGCAUGCGAGUCCUACUGGUAAUACGAAAACCUGCUGUACGACUGCAAGAAAAUUUACUGUAGCUUUGCUUUAAUAAAUGGUAGAGAUUUUGUUAGUAAUAACCCAAAGGGGGAAAAAGAAAAAGGAAAAAAGAAAAAAAAGGAAGAGCCGAAACUCACAUUCCCGGGAGUGCUCGCGCGGAAGGGAGCAUGAUGCAGACGAUGUAGCUUGGGCUCGGGUUUUCUCCCCUCUCCCUUUUAUAAUUAUGGUCAUCCAGAUCAUUACUGUCACAGGGGGAAAAAAAAAAAAAAA